AUGCCUCGCCUAGAGAAUCCACCACCGGAAGACUUCCGCCGCAUCCUGCGCGAAAAGGCACUGAACCAUAGUUUAUUUUACAUGAAACUUGGGGCAGGAAUCGGCCCCGAGCAUGUGCGAGAGUCCUCACAGCCGCAGAAUCAGUCCGCGCGCCGACAAAGCGACACUGUUGCGCGCGCGCGCAAUCGGCAAACUCAACCGCGCGUAUCAGAACUUCUUAAACAUUUCGAACCUGGACCGAUGCAGUAUUUGCGUAUACCACGAGCGAUAACACCCCCAGAAGACAUUAGUUCAUCAGAUGAUGAUGAUAGAGCGGCGAUCAGGCGCCGCAGCCGUGACCUGAGCGACGAUUCGGCUGUCGAGCUGGAGCCGCGAAGGCGGCAUUCCCACCCUCGGGAUAUAACACCACCACCAGAUCCCAUGUCGCCGAGAAGAGAGAGAACAUUAAUAGAGGCUAAUGUGGUGGAAAUUGGGAGACGCGGCAGUGAGGGAUGUGAGACCAGAGCGCGGUGUGUGAGGACUCCCAGUGUGGUGGUUAGUGACUACUCUGAUGGUAUCGCUGUGGGUGCUACUGAUGAAGAAGUGGACUGGCUGCGUGCGAGAUCCCUAUCAGCUGACUCUGCGUGCUCAUCUUGUUCUACGCUUUCCAGCCGGGAUGAUGAGGAAUUUGAGUCCCCACCUAUGCCGAAAAAGGUAGGAAUUUUGAUUUACUAA